AGCAACGACGUACAAGAAAAGCAGCAAUGUCGGUGUCGAGAAGCUUUGCAAGGGUUGUUGCUCGUUCGGCAAACCGCGGUCCUGCGGCAAGAUGGAUCAGCAACACUCCGGCACCACGACAGAGUACCGUCAACGUCAUGGAUCAGUUGGAUAUGUUGACGGGAUCAGAGUUUGAUAAGGCCGCUGAGGCCGCUGCUACCUCAGUGCCAACACCUGAAGCAUCUGCUGCGCCGGAGGCACCCCAGACCGUCGAGGACCCCAACUCAUACACCCGGGCGGAGCUCCACGAGAGACGGGAAAGAAUGGCCAAGUACUGGAAGACCCUCGGUGCUACUCCCGAGUCAGCAUACAAACCCGUCAACGACCUCAACAACCCUCCAAAAUCCAAAGACGUCACCCUCUCCCUCCUUCUCGCCGCGCAAGCCCAUCUCGGACAUACCCCCGCUCUAUGGAACGCAUUGACGCAGCCUUAUAUCAUGGGUAUCCGUGACGGAAUCCACAUUAUCUCCUUAGACGUCACCCUCGCCCAUCUCCGCCGCGCAGCAGCAAUUGUGGAAGGCGUCGUCAGAAACGAGGGUAUCAUCCUCGUCGUCGGAACCAGAAAGGGACAGAAACAGACCGUCGUCAGCACCGCGGGGCGUAUGGGUGGAUACCACGUUUUCGGCCGUUGGGUCCCGGGAACAAUCACGAACCCAGAACAGGUCCUCGGUGGUGAUAAGCUCCGUGCGGACGUGGAGCACAAAUCGGAGGAAAUCAAAGACUUUGCGGCAAAGCAGCCUCAACCGCGUUUCGUUCGUCCGGAUUUGGUGAUUGUGUUGAACCCGUUGGAGAACGCGAUCCUGUUGGCGGAGACGAAGAGGCAGAACAUCCCGACGAUUGGUAUUGUCGACACGGACAUGGACCCAACGCAGGUGACGUAUGCUAUUCCGGCCAAUGACGACAGUUUGAGGUCUGUUCAAUUGAUUGCGGGUGUUUUGGCGCGAGCGGGAGAGCAGGGAUUGAAGCUCAAGAAGCAGGAUGCAUUGAAGGCAGGGAGGAAGCAGUACCAGAUCGAGGGCGGAGCAAGACAAGAGCGCCUUCCGGGCCGUCGCUAA